GUGCGUCUUGGAUCGUCGCCAAGAUCAAGUACCGAACGUUUUCAACAUGCCGCCAAAGCAACAAAAGAAGCCUCCUUGUAAAAUAUGCAACAGUCAGGAAUCAAAGUAUACUUGCUCGAAAUGCAUGGUACCUUAUUGCAGCGUUGCUUGUUAUAAAACACAUAAAGAAGGAUUCUGUGCAACGGAUGACACAAAGCGUAAUACCGCUGAGGUCACAACCAUAAUUAAUGCAGAUGUGCAACAGUCGUCUGAAUCCGAGGACUUGUCUCGAGCGCCGGAUUUGAAACCUCCGUCUCCACCCCUACGACUACUAACUUCCCUCAAAUGGCCAUACAUUCCCGAGGAACCUGCGUAUCCUGAUCCACUCAAACGAGACGACCCAAAACCCUUACAGCUACAUCAAUUUGAAGCAAUAGCUACGUCUACUGCCAUCCGCCAUGUCAUUGCAGAACAUCCACGUCUUCGAGAUAUCCUCCGUAACAUUGACCAACUACGAGGGGAAGAUCGACAGGAUGCUCUUCAACGUGCUCUUGGUGUUUCUACAUCAGACGGACGUCCACCUGGCAUCAACCCUUCAGUGGGUAUUCCAGGCAUUGUUGGUGCUGCUGGGGUAGCAGAUGAAGAAGAUGUUCUUGCCCUACGAGAACUCGCCGAGGCUGUCGAAGCUGCCGUGCGGGCUGGAAAGGAGGAUGUUUUGGGGCUCGAUUGGGGCGAUUGAGAGUUUGUCACGCUGUUGAAAUGUGUGCAAUCGACACAUUAUGAUCGGUGCUCAUUGCGGAACAGUAUUUGUUGAGCGGCGGCCUCAGUAAACCGAACAAGUCGAACGGACAAUUUGCCCAGGAUAAUCUUGGUCAGCCCUGCCGCUUCACUGGAAGACUAGGAUUCCAAGUAUAUCCAUAUCGCUUAGACUUGACUAACACACUGUCGACUGCCCAAACCCUACUUGAUGUAUGUGUUGUGUCUCGAACUACAACCCGGACUGCAUACAUUCACUUUAGACUAGACCAAUCCCAUCGUCUCG